CACACCGAAAUUUCCCCGAAGAAGAUGUGAAAAAACAUAAAGCAUAAUUUCACUUUCCCCUUUUUCCCUUUUGCAUUGACUCAUUGACUUGGUAUCGAUCAGACUAAUUUCCGGUGAUCCAAUUUGUAGAUCUAUUGAGUAUCUCUGUACUUACAAUUCUCUUAGUCUUAGCUGCUCGAUCGUCGCUGACCAGGUGCGAUCGAUUAAUAAUGGCUGCUUCUUCUUCUUCAUCUUCUUCUGGCCUUGGUUGCAAAUACGAUGUGUUCAUCAAUUUCAGAGGGGAAGACACUCGCAGGGGCUUCGUCAGCCAUCUCUACAACGCUCUGGUUAAGAAACCAAUCAACGCCUUCAUUGAUGCCGAGAAGCUCAGAAAAGGCGACCACCUUUCUGAGCUCCUGACAGCGAUUCGAGAGUCAAGGCUUUCGAUUGUAGUUUUCUCUCAAGACUAUGCUUCUUCCACUUGGUGCUUGAAAGAACUCGUGCAAAUCUUGAAAUGCAAGGAUACCAAUAACCAGAUUGUACUCCCCAUUUUCUAUGAAGUUGAUCCGUCUGACGUUCGUAAACUCAAGAGAAAAUUCGAGGAAGCUUUUGCUCAGCACGAUCGUGAUUCUAACGCUGAAAUGGAAGAGGUUCAGAGCUGGAGAUCCGCUCUUACAACUGCCACCAGUUUAUCCGGCUGGGAUUCGCGAAAAUAUGAGAAUGAUGCAGAGCUUAUUGAGGAAAUUGUAGAAUAUGUUUAUAGGAAAUUGAUCGACAUCUCAUCAACAUCAAGCAAAGAUAAUGGCUUGGUUGACAUGGAUUCUCACAUGCAUGAAAUGCAUUUAUUAUUAUAUCCUCCCGGAGGUGAAGCGAAUAAUGUUCGCGUUGUUGGAAUAUGGGGUAUGGGUGGUUUAGGCAAAACAACCAUCGCUAGAGCAGUUUAUGAUGAAAUCGCAUGUCGAUUUGAAGCUUCUUGCUUUCUUGAAAACGUCAAGGAGGGUUUCAUGAAGCAUGGCAAACCACAUAUGCAGACACAACUUCUAUCGAGUAUAUCGAACAACAAGGUGGGGAGUUCUGACAUAUCAAAAUAUGGUUUUAAGAAGAUGUUAAAAAGACUUGGUCGGAGAAAAGUUCUUAUUGUUGUUGAUGAUGUGGACGAAUCAGAACAAAUUGAAGCUUUACUUGGAAAGAAACGUUCCUUUGGUGUUGGAAGUAGGAUUAUUAUAACAAGUAGAGAUUCGCAGUUACUAAGCAUAACUGAUGUGAUAUAUAAUCCCCGGACUUUGAGUUAUUAUGGAGCUCUGGAACUCUUUUGGCAGUACGCCUUCAAAAAUGACCAACCCAACAGAGAUUAUUAUGAUCUCUCGAAUCGUGUUGUAGAAUAUGCUCAAGGUCUGCCUUUAGCCCUCAAAGUCUUGGGAGCUUUUUUGCAUAAAAAAACUAUACGCGUGUGGGAAGGUGAGUUAGAAAAAAUAAGGAAAAUCCCACAAAGGGGAGUUCAUGAUGUGCUUAAAACAAGCUUCGAUGGACUAGAUGACACACAGAAGGACAUCUUUCUAGAUAUUGCAUGUUUCUUUAGAGGGAUGAAGGAAGACCAGGCAACUGAAAUUCUGGACAGUUGUGGUUUCCAUCCUCAUACAGGAAUAAAAGUUCUAAUUGAUCGAGCUCUCAUAACUGUCUCAACGUUGGGGGUAUUGGAGAUGCAUGAUUCAUUAGAGGAAAUGGGUCGGGAAAUUGUCCGCCAAGAAUCUAGCAAAGAUCCUGGGAGACGAAGUAGGUUGUGGAGUUAUGAAGAUGUUUGUGAGGUGCUAACUGAAAAUACGGCUACAAAAACAGUUGAAAGCAUAAUUGUGGAUUUCUCGUACUCAAGCUGGCCAUGCUUAAAUGCUGAAGCUUUUGUUAGAAUGACUCAACUAAGACUUCUCAAGAUCAAUCAUAGGCACAUAAAUGCUGAAGCUGUUGUUAGAAGGACUCAACGAAGACUUCUCAAGAUCAUUUAUAGGCACUUCGUUUUUAAAGAUGAGUGCUGCAAACACCACCUGUUUGGGUCCUUAAAGUUGCUUAACUUGAGAUAUCUCUCCUGGCUUGGUUUCCCUCUCAAGUCUUUGCCAUCCAACUUUCAAUUCGAAAAUCUUGUUGAACUUGACAUGCAAUAUAGUCUCAUUGACCGACUUUGGGAAGGAACCCAGACACAGGAAAAGUUGAAAUUCAUCAAUUUAAGUAAUUGUCAAUCCCUUAAGGAAACCCCUGACUUCACAAAUGUGCCAAAUCUUGAGAGGCUAAUUGUUCGAAGUUGUAUAAGCUUAGUUGAGGUUCACCCAUCUAUUUCGACUCUUUCAAACCUUGUUUUAUUGGAUCUGCAUGGGUGCAAUGAACUUAUGAUUCUACCUACCAAAAUUCGUAUGAGAUCUCUCAAGACCUUUAAUCUUUCUGGUUGCUCGAACCUUGAGAUGUUUCCAGAGAUUUCAGAAGUGAUUGAGGGGUUUGAAGAGCUUGAUUUAUCCGGAUCAAGAAUUAAAGAACUGCCCCCGUCAAUUAAUAAUCUCACGGGGUUGAGUCAUUUGAACCUAUCAAAUUGCAGGGAACUUAAGAUUCUACCUAGCAAAAUUCCUAUGAGAUCUCUCAAAACCUUUAAUCUUUCUUACUGCUCCAGUCUUGAGAUGUUUCCAGAGAUUUCAGAAGGUAUGGAGGAGUUAAAAGAGCUUAAUUUAUCCGGGUUAAAAAUUAAAGAACUGCCCCUGUCAAUUAAUAAUCUCUCAGGGUUGAGUCAUUUCAACCUAAAAGAUUGCAAGGAACUUAAGAUUCUACCUAGCAAAAUUCGUAUGAGAUCUCUCAAAACCUUUGAUCUUUCUGACUGCUCCAGUCUUGAGAUGUUUCCAGAGAUUUCAGAAGGUAUGGAGGAGUUAGAAGAGCUUAAUUUAUCCGGGUCAAAAAUUAAAGAACUGCCCCUGUUAAUUAAUAAUCUCUCGGGGUUGAGUCAUUUCAACCUAAAAGAUUGCAAGGAACUUAAGAUUCUACCUAGCAAAAUUCGUAUGAGAUCUCUCAAAACCUUUGAUCUUUCUGAUUGCUCCAGUCUUGAGAUGUUUCCAGAGAUUUCAGAAGGUAUGGAGGAGUUAGAAGAGCUUAAUUUAUCCGGGUCAAAAAUUAAAGAAUUGCCCGAGUCAAUUAAUAAUCUCACGGGGUUGAGUCAUUUCAACCUAAAAAAUUGCAAGGAACUUAAGAGUCUUCCAAGCUGCAUUCAUAUGAAAUGUCUGAAAACCUUUAAUCUUGAUGGCUGCUCCAGUCUAGAGAUGUUUCCAUCGAUUUCAGAAGGUAUUGAGGGGUUAGAAAAGCUUGAUUUACCCUGCUCAAAAAUUAAAGAACUGUCCCCGUCAAUUAAUAAUCUUACGAGGUUGUGUCAUUUGAAUCUACAAGGUUGCAAGGAACUUAAGAGUCUUCCAAGCAGCAUUCGUAUGAAAUCUCUCAAAACCUUUGAUCUUAAUGGUUGCUGGAGUCUUGAGAUGUUUCCAGAGAUUUCAGAAGUGAUUGAGGGGUUAAAAGUUUUUGAGUUAUCCGGGUCGAAAAUUAAAGAACUGCCCUCGUCAAUUAAUAAUCUUACGGGAUUGAAACAUUUGAAGCUAGAAAAUUGUAAGGAACUUGAGAGUCUUCCGAGCAGCAUUUGUCAGCUCAAGUCCCUUCUCGUUCUCUCUCUUUCCGGUUGUACAAAAUUUGAGGUGUUUCCAAGCAUUGAAGAAAAUAUGGAAGGAUUAAGAUGUCUUUUCUUGGAUGGAACAUCUAUCAAAGAGCUUUCCCCCUGGAUUGAACGGCUUACGGGGCUUCGGUAUUUAGAUCUGAGAAACGGCAAAAGCCUUGUACAUCUUCCCAACACUCUCUGUAAUUUGGCAUGGGUUUUCACAGACACAGAGAUCCGUCCUGGCCGGGGUCCCACUCCACCCCCACGUCGAUUUCUAGCUCUGUUUUGGCUUGGGUGCUCGUUGCAGCAGCUUUGAUGGAAUUGGCGUGGUCAGAGGGCUAGCCACGGCCGCAUAUUUUGAAAUCCCAAGAGGUGGCAUUUUCCAAGGAGAGGCACAUUACUCCACCGCCGGAUUCUUUUGAUUUGUGCUAGUGCAGAAACUGUGAAGAUAUUGGUAUGUCAAUUCACGUUGUGAACUUGAUAAUGCCAUCGGUGCUCCUCCAAUUUGGGUGAAAGGGAAGAUGUAUGAGAUUGGAUUGUUUGGAAUUAGCAGCCUAAAAGGGCACAUCAAGAGGAGGAAUAAAUAAGAGCCUCAACGAGUUCAUCUCCCUCUUUGGGAGAAUGUCCCUUGUACCAACUAAUGCUAAAGCUGUCGACGCUAGAAUUGAAUGGUUCUAGUAGUUUCAGGUUACAUUUAUAUAUUUCUAGCAUCUGUAUAUGUACUGUUUGGGAGACGUUAUCGCCAGGGCCAGCCCUGGUCCAGUGCAAGCAGGGCACCUGUCCAGGGCCGAAAUUGUUUUGGGAGCACUUCUUCCUUCGCGAAUCGGGACAGAGGUGACCUGAGCCUUUCUUCCGGACCAGUGCCUUGCCCUUCGGUCGCAGCUUUGCUUAUCAGCCUCUUGACCUCCGAAAUUGCUGCAGAAAUCAUCCAAAACUCGACUGAAUUUUACAGAAUCUGUCGCUGUCGUUCACCGCUGCAGUCCUCUGUGCGCAGCUCAUUGAGCUUUCUGGGUACUCUUGCUCUGAGCACACAAUUCAGACGAAAGAUGGGUACUUACUGGAUUUGAGAUGUGAAGGACUAAUGGGAUUGCUUUGGUGGGGAGUGUUCCCCGUAACUGAUACGUGAUGCAUGGUUCUUAAAUUCUCCAGAAGAAUAACUGGGAUUCGUCCUUGCAGAUGAAGGUUUCGAUGUAUGGGUAGGGAAUGUGUGUCAAACACGUUGGAGUCAGGGACUCGCAUCUUUAUCAGAAGAGAAUAAGAUUUAUGCUGUACUGUAGGAUUUUUGGAAUUGGAGUUGGCAGGAAUUGGCUCUAUUUAAUCUACCAGAAAUGAUGCGCUGCAGAUAUUCGACAACAAGCUCAGAAGUCUUUGUUGCUGGACAUUCACAGGGAACAAUCAUGUCUUUAGCUGCUCUCAUCCAGCCGGAUAUGGCAGAACUGGAUGAAGCUGCCGCUCUUCUGUCCAAUAUCAUACUUGGAGCAUAUCACUUCUAAAUUUGCACUUAGAAUGGUUAACUUAUAUGUUGAUGCAUAUGUUCAUCUUUUCAGAUGUUGUUAUCUUCUGUGCAGUGCAUUAUAUGCUGAGAAUAGGCGUUGACCUUUUGGAUUUAAUAUGUAAUAGUCAUGUUGAUUUCUUGGAGUGGUUGUAUGUGAUUUUAUUUUUUAUUGUUGGGGUUUCGGUACUAUGAUUCCGCCCGUUGUAUAUUUUUUAUUCAAGUAAUCUAAUAUGGGUGUGAGGGCCUAGCCCCCCCCUCCCAAAAAAAAA